AUGGCGUUCCAGCCUACCCCGAUGGAUAUUUCCGUCAUCAUCACCAAUGCAGCCUUAGGCAAACCCGGGAACUCGGAGCCCCGGUUCUUGACUGAACGUCGCAUCACCCCAACCUGGACCGUGAUGCAGGUCAAGGCAAAGCUGGAGACCAUGACGGGUAUUCCACCCGGUAGCCAGCGCCUGCGAGUGAAAGUGCCCGGUCGACCUGAUCAAUGGGCUGACGGGGAUGACCGUCUGAUUGGGGAUUGGGGAUUGGUGAAGGGGUCAGAGAUCGAGGUCCAUGACAGCCGGCCGCAGACCAUGCGGGCCAACUUCACCGACCUUUCGUCGGUCGAGAAGUAUGUGCUGCCCACUGAAACUUAUGAAGCCCGUUCGGACUCCGUUUUGGCCUGGAAGAAGAACCAGAAACUGGGUCGAUUUGACCCGAACGCUCUAUCACCCGAAGAGUCUCUGCGCCACCAGGUCGAGAAAGACAGGAGCGAUAUCCAGACGAGAGGUUCGUUGGAAGGUAACCAAGCAUUACUGUAUCGUUAUCCUAACGCCUUAUUCGCAGGAGUUGCCACUGGCAAAAGGGCUAUCAUUCUGCCUUCAUCUCCGCCACAUAUUCGGCGUGGCACAAUUCGCUUUGUUGGACCCGUUCCGGCCAUCCCUAUCACUGGCCCGGGUCGCGAGCUUCAACAGGAUGCAGAGCUUCCAGCAGAUCUCCAGCCGAUCUGGGUCGGGAUCGAGCUAGACGAACCGAUGGGGAAGAACGACGGCAGUGUGAACGGACAGCGCUACUUCGAGUGCUUAGCCAACAGAGGAGUCUUUGUGAAGCCCGAAAAGGUGGAGGUGGGAGAAUUCCCCCGCUGGGCUUGGACGAUGACCUGGACGAUCUAA